AAUCCCAACCUCAGUCAUUCGUACUUCCUCUGUCCUCAAUCACCACCCACCAUGGAAGCAAGCACAGGACUUUUUGCAGGGUCUCACAACAGCAAUGAGCUUGUGGUCAUACAAGGACAUGAAGAAGAGCCUAAACCUGUGAAGAACUUAGAUGGUCAGCUAUGCGAGAUAUGUGGUGAUUCUGUGGGGUAUACAGUGGAUGAAGAUUUGUUUGUGGCCUGUGAAGAAUGUGGUUUCCCUGUGUGCAGGCCAUGCUAUGAGUAUGAAAGGAGGGAAGGCACUCAAGUUUGCCCUCAGUGCCAGACCAGAUACAAGCGUAUCAAAGGAAGCCCCAGAGUUGAGGGAGAUGAAGACGAAGAUGACGUGGAUGAUAUUGAGCAUGAGUUCAAAACGGUAGAAAAAUACAAGCUCAUGGUAGGCCGUGGAGAAGAUGACGAGAAUGCUAACCCACUACCAGAAACAACACUUGCUUAUAAUAAUCAGAGUGCUUUUAAUGGAGCAGGAAAUGCAAAGUUGGAUGAAAAGACAGAGAUAACAGAUGACUACUGGAAGCUGCAUCAAGGCAAUCUGUGGCCUGAAACUGAUGCAUCAGUUGAUCCUGAAAAGGCCAUGAGAGACGAAGCUAGACAGCCACUCUCAAGGAAAGUAGCAAUACCAUCAGGCAGACUCAGCCCUUAUAGGAUGAUGGUUGCGGCUCGGCUUAUGAUUCUAGUAUUGUUCCUUCAGUACAGAAUCCUCCACCCAGUGCCUGAUGCAGUUGGACUUUGGUUUACAUCUGUAAUAUGUGAGAUAUGGCUUACAUUGUCGUGGAUAAUAGAUCAGAUUCCCAGAUGGUUUCCCAUUGACCGGGAGACAUACCUUGAUCGGCUUUCACUCAGGUUUGAACCAGAGAAUAAGCCGAAUUUGUUUCCUCCAAUAGAUGUCUUUGUCACUACUGUGGACCCAAUUAAGGAACCGCCAUUAGUUACGGCUAAUACUGUUCUUUCAAUCUUGGCCAUGGAUUACCCUCCCAGUAAAAUCUCAUGCUAUGUUUCUGAUGAUGGAGCUUCUAUGCUCACCUUUGAAGCUCUCCAAGAAACUGCAGAGUUUGCACGGAAGUGGGUACCCUUUUGCAAAAAAUAUUCUACAGAGCCUCGAGCACCAGAGAAGUACUUCUCUGAGAAGAUUGAUUUUCUAAAGGAUAAGGUCCACUCUACUUAUGUCAGAGACCGCCGUACAAUGAAGAGAGAAUAUGAAGAAUUCAAGGUCAGGAUAAAUGCACUUGUAGCUAAAUCCAUGAGAGUUCCUCAAGAAGGGUGGACUAUGCAAGAUGGGACCCCAUGGCCAGGAAACAAUACCAAUGAUCACCCGGGAAUGAUACAAAUUCUUCUUGCUCGCAGUGGAGGUCUUCAAGGAAAUGAACUUCCAUGUCUUGUCUACCUGUCUCGUGAGAAAAGGCCAGGGUUUCAACACUACAGCAAAGCUGGUGCAUUGAAUGCAUUGCUUCGGGUAUCUGCUUUGUUAAGCAAUGCUCCUUUUGUGCUGAACUUGGAUUGCAAUCACUACGUGAAUAACAGCAAGGCUGUGAGAGAGGCCAUGUGUUUCUUCAUGGACCUACAAGUUGGAAAGACCAUUUGCUUUGUCCAGUUCCCGCUAAGAUUUGACAGCCUUGAUAAGCACGAUCGUUAUGCCAACAGAAAUACUGUUUUAUUUGAUAUUAAUUUGAGGUGCCUGGAUGGAAUUCAAGGACCUAUUUAUAUUGGUUCAGGAUGCAUCUUCAGGAGGAAAGCUUUAAAUGGCAGUGAUCCUCCGAAGACUUCAAAGCGCCCAAAAAUGGUAGGCUGUGGCUGCUGUCCUUGUUUUGGAUCACGCAAGAAGCUACAAGUGCACUCUAAGCAUGAUGGAAAUGAAGAAGAUGCCCCAGCCGUGACAGGAACAGAUGAAGACAACCAGCUUUUAACAUCAGAGAUGAAUUUUGAAAAUAAAUUUGGGAAAUCAGCAGUUUUUGUGAGCUCUUCCAUAACAGAAGAGGGUGGUGUUCCUUCUACCUCUAAUCAGGCAGCCUUGCUUAAAGAAGCCAUUCAUGUCAUGAGUAGCAGCUAUGAAGACAAAACCUUAUGGGGAUACGAGGUGGGUUGGAACUAUGGAUCUAUAUCAUCAGAUAUUCUGACAAGUUUUAAAAUGCACUCUCUUGGUUGGAGAUCAGUGUAUUGCAUGCCAAAAAGACCUGCAUUCAGGGGUACUGCUCCUAUCAACCUUUCAGAUCGACUGAGUCAGGUGCUUAGAUGGGCAGUUGGAUCACUUGAGAUCCUUUUCAGCCGCCACUGCCCCAUACUGUAUACCUUAGGAGGAGGAAAACUUAAGGGGCUUCAAAGAGUUGCUUAUAUCAACAGCACAGUCUAUCCUUUCAGUUCAAUACCCCUUCUAAUAUAUUGUCUCCUUCCUGCUGUCUGCCUGCUCACAGACAAGUUCAUCACACCAUCGAUAAGCACCUUUGCAAGUCUUCUCUUUAUUGCACUGUUCAUCUCAAUCUUUGCAUCAAGCAUACUUGAGUUGAGAUGGAGUGGAGUUAGUCUUGAGGAAUGGUGGAGAAGUGAACAAUUCUGGGUAAUAGGCAGCGUCUCAACACAUCUCUUUGCAAUAGUGAGAAACUUUCUGAAGGGUGUGUCUAAAGUUGAUAUUAACUUUGGUGUGGUAUCAAAAGUACCAGAUGAUGGAGAAUUCCAUGAUUUGUACACCUUUAGAUGGACAGCGCUGCUAAUACCUCCAACCACUAUCAUAAUCAUCAACCUUGUUGGUAUUGUAGCUGGAUUUACAGAUGCCAUAAACAGUGGUGGACAUUCUUGGGGAGCAUUACUUGGGAAACUCUUCUUCUCCUUCUGGGUUCUCGUCCACCUUUACCCAUUCCUUAAAGGUCUGAUGGGAAAACAGAACCGAACACCAACCCUUGUCAUCAUAUGGUCAGUGCUUUUGGCUUCUAUCUUCUCCUUGCUUUGGGUAAGAAUUGAUCCUUUUGUGUUGAAAACAAAAGGACCAGACGUUAAGCAGUGUGGAAUCAGUUGCUGAAUUAGUUGGCCUUCAUUUAUUUGUUACAUCCCCUGAAAAUGCAUGUCCUAUUUACUUUCACAAUUCUUAAACAGGACUCAGCAAAGCCUAGAUGCUCCAAAUGAAUAAAGUUAGGGCACAAUUUUGUGAAGCAUUGCAACAAGUACUUCAUUUUAUUUCCCUUUUCCUUUUUUUCUUCCUUUUUUCUUUAACUGAAGGGAGAAAGCAAAGAGCAGUUUAUUGAGUUUCGUAAGUAUAGGGGAGGAAGUUGUACUUUUGAUACGUUUGAUAGCAUAUAAGUUCAAUAUUACUUCAAUGCUUAA